AUGGUGCGAUGCGACCGCGGGCUGCAGAUGCUGCUGACCACGGCCGGAGCCUUCGCCGCCUUCUCGCUCAUGGCCAUCGCCAUCGGCACCGACUACUGGCUCUACUCCAGCGCGCACAUCUGCAACGGCAGCAACCUGACCAUGGACGACGGGCCCCCGCCCCGCCGCGCCCGCGGGGACCUCACCCACUCGGGGCUGUGGCGGGUGUGCUGCAUCGAAGGGAUCUACAAAGGGCACUGCUUCCGGAUCAAUCACUUCCCAGAGGACAAUGACUAUGACCACGACAGCUCGGAGUACCUCCUUCGCAUUGUGCGUGCCUCCAGUGUCUUCCCCAUCCUCAGCACCAUCCUGCUCCUGCUCGGCGGGCUCUGCAUCGGCGCCGGGAGGUUCUACAGCCGCAAGAACAACAUCGUCCUCAGUGCUGGCAUCCUGUUCGUGGCUGCAGGCCUCAGUAACAUCAUAGGCAUCAUCGUCUACAUUUCCAGCAACACGGGCGACCCGAGCGACAAGCGCGACGAAGACAAGAAGAACCACUACAACUACGGCUGGUCCUUUUACUUCGGGGCCCUGUCGUUCAUCGUGGCCGAGACCGUGGGCGUCCUGGCCGUGAACAUUUACAUUGAGAGAAACAAAGAGCUGAGAUUUAAGACCAAACGGGAGUUCCUGAAGGCUCCCUCCUCGUCCCCCUACGCCAGGAUGCCCAGCUACAGGUACCGGCGACGGCGAUCCCGGUCCAGCUCCCGGUCCACGGAGGCCUCGCCCUCCAGGGACACGUCUCCCGUGGGCCUGAAGAUCUCCGGGGCCAUCCCCAUGGGCGAGCUGUCCAUGUACACGCUGUCCCGGGAGCCGCUCAAGGUGACCACGGCGGCCAGCUACAGCCCGGGCCGGGAGGCGGGCUUCCUGCAGGUGCACGACUUCUUCCAGCAGGACCUGAAGGAGGGCCUGCACGUGAGCAUGCUGAACCGGCGGACCACCCCCGUGUGA